ACUUUUAUUCAAGAAAGCAACCCUUCCACGCCAUAGAAUCACAAAGUCCUACAUUUGUCCCCACUGCGACACAAACAUGUGAAUCUCAAGAGUCAAUCUCCCAUCUCUUCGGUAGCCAUAAAUUAACUAUUUUAUUCCUAAGAUUAAUAAACCAAGCAUUAAAAAAAUCAAGUGGCCAUAGAGAAUGGAGAGAUCAAGAGUAUCAAACACAGCCACGUAGCUCCACUCCACGGCAACCACAACGACCAAUCACUGCUGACCUCAAAUUCUCACUUAAAGCACUGGGAAACUCCUCCUUCAUGGCGGAUAAUCGUCCAGGCCGCCGUCGAUCCUAUAAAUUUCAGGUUCAAUUGAACGAACUAACCGGCGGCAACGAUGGUGGCGAUUUGUCCGUCUCACGGGGGGUUCCCGUCGCAAUUAGGGCAGGGAUGGAAGUCGGUAAGGGGGAGGCCUGAUAGGAGGAGCUCCAAUUUGAGAGUAAGGGCGGAGAAGGGCGAGGAGAGAGAAAGCGGGGGAGGAGAGAAUAAGAAAUCGCUGUUCAGCAGCGUGACUGAGGCGUUGGAUUUCUCAGCAGUCCGAUCGACUCGCGACGCCGAGCUCCUCGACGAUGCCCGCCAGGCCACCAAAGCCGGCGGCAGAAUGAGCCGUGAACAGUAUGGAGCUUUAAGAAGGAAAAUAGGAGGGACCUACAAGGACUUCUUCAAAUCUUACAUAGAAGUGGAUGGACAAUAUGUUGAAGAAGGGUGGGUGGACAAGACAUGCAAGGUGUGCAAGAAGGACACGAGGGGAGAAGCAAGGCAAGUUGACAAACUUGGAAGAUAUGUUCAUGUUGCUUGUUUGGAGAAGUCCAACUCUUCCCCGGGGAAUUUCUUUUCCAAGUUCUUCUCCAAAUGAAAUUAAAAAAAAAAAAAACAAACUUAGGUUUAAGUAUAUAAAUUGGACUGUAGAAAUUUGAAUUUGUGUAACGUGUAUUUAGUUCGUAAGUUUAUGAUUUAUACCUCGAAGUUAACAUUGUUGUAGUAUAUAAGUUUUGAGUUUCAUAAACAAUAAAGUUUUAUGUAUACACAAAUUGUGAGAGGUAGAUGAAAUAGGUUUUGGGGUUUAGAGUAACAAAAUUUAGAAAGAAAUUAUAUAUACAUUUCCUAA